CACCACCAGCAGCGGCAGCCGGACCAGGAGCAGCGAUGGCGGCGCCCAAGGAGACGAACCUGUCGGUGGUGGUGCACAAAGCCGGCGACUUGCGCCUGGAAAAUCGGCCAAUACCGGAACCAGGGCCAAAUGAGGUGCUUUUGAAGAUGCAUUCUGUUGGGAUUUGUGGCUCGGACGUCCAUUACUGGCAACACGGACGGAUUGGGGAUUUUGUGGUGAAGAAUCCUAUGGUGCUUGGCCAUGAGGCUUCAGGGACCGUCAUCAAAGUAGGGUCUUCGGUCACCAACCUUAAAAAAGGUGACAGAGUGGCCAUUGAGCCCGGGGUCCCCCGAGAAAUAGAUGAGUUCUGCAAAAAUGGGCGUUACAACCUGUCUCCGACCAUCUUCUUCUGCGCGACUCCUCCGGAUGAUGGCAACCUGUGUCGCUAUUACAAGCACGAUGCCAGCUUUUGUUACAAGCUUCCAGAUAAUGUCACGUUUGAGGAAGGGGCCCUGAUCGAACCCCUUUCUGUGGGGAUCCAUGCCUGCAGAAGGGCUGGAGUGACUCUGGGGAGCAAAGUCUUUAUAUGCGGGGCUGGACCCAUUGGGCUCGUGACCUUGCUCAUCGCGAAGGUUAUGGGGGCCGCGCAAGUAGUGAUAAGUGACUUAUCUGCCCCUCGCCUCGAAAAGGCUAAGGAAAUUGGAGCCGAUUUCACCCUCCAGGUGAAGAGUGAGAGUCCAGAGGAGGUGGGCCGGGCAGUAAAAGAUCUCCUUGGUUGCAUGCCCGACAUCACCAUUGAGUGCACUGGGGCCCAGCCCUGUAUCCAGGCCGGAAUAUAUGCAACCCGUUCGGGAGGAACCCUGGUUCUGGUGGGCCUUGGACCUGAGAUGGUCACGAUACCCAUCGUGAAUGCUGCUGUGCGUGAGGUGGAUAUCAGAGGGAUAUUUCGGUACUGCAAUACGUGGCCCAUGGCGAUCGCGAUGCUUGCCUCUAAAAAGGUGAACGUCCAGCCCUUGGUGACCCAUCGUUUCCCUUUGGAAAAAGCCACGGAGGCCUUCGAAGCCACCAGACAAGGAGUCGGGAUAAAAAUUAUGCUGAAAUGUGACCCCACUGACCCAAAUCCCUAAAAUAAUAAUAAUAAUAAAGAACACCCUGUAGCA